UCAGAUGGGCGGGUUUUAAAGAGGCGGAAGUUAGUUACUUUUUUUUUUCAAUCGAGUGUGUAGUCGACGGCCUUUCUUUGAAUAAUCAUGGCUGGCCAGGAGAUGCGUUUGAACCACACUAUUUACAUUAAUAACUUAAAUGAGAAGAUCAAAAAAGAUGAAUUGAAGAAGUCGCUGUAUGCUAUAUUCUCCCAGUUUGGUCAAAUCCUGGACAUUCUUGUUUCCCGUACAUUGAAAAUGAAGGGUCAGGCCUUUGUGAUAUUUAAAGAGAUAAACAGUGCGUCCAAUGCUCUUCGAUCUAUGCAAGGCUUUCCAUUUUACGACAAACCAAUGCGCAUUCAAUAUGCAAAGCUGGACUCUGACAUUAUUGCUAAGAUGAAGGGUACAUAUGUGGAGCGAGACCGUAAGAAGGAGAAGAAGAAGCCCAAAGCCCCUGAAGCAGGUUCUGGGAAACAGAAAGCUGCUGCCGCAACUGCAAUGGCUGGAGUACCGGCAGCUAUGCCUGGAAUGCCACCUAUGAGCCAAGCCCCUCGCAUGAUGGGAAUGCCUGGUCAGCCUCCUUACAUGCCUCCCCCUGGUAUGAUGCCGCCACCUGGUAUGGCACCUGGCCAAAUGCCUCCAGGCCAGAUGAUGCCUGGGCAAAUGCCUGGCCAGAUGCCACAACAGGUAUCAGAAAACCCUCCCAAUCACAUCCUGUUCCUUACCAAUUUGCCAGAGGAGACCAACGAGCUUAUGCUGUCCAUGCUUUUCAACCAGUUCCCUGGAUUCAAAGAAGUUCGUCUUGUUCCUGGUCGCCACGAUAUCGCCUUUGUGGAGUUUGAUAAUGAUGUGCAGGCUGGAGCUGCCAGAGAAGCUCUGCAAGGAUUUAAGAUCACACAAAGCAAUGCUAUGAAAAUCUCCUUCGCAAAGAAAUAACCUCUGUGUGCACAAACACUCCUGCGUACAUUCAGAGUCUGACAAAUCCCAGAUACACUCUUAGGUGUUAAGAUGUCUACCGGGUACAGUCCAGCAUUUUUAGAGACAGUGUAGAUCCCCCACACAUUCUUAAAGUAAAAAGAUUGAUCUUAAUUAGCUCUUUAUAUAACUUGGUUAGCCUUGCCACAGCUUGUAUUUGUACUGGACAAUACAAGGUAAGGAGUAAGUAAGGUUACUUUUAAGGUUUAUGUCUUUUUUACUUUGUUCAUUCUUAUUUGAAAGGAUCAGCAUUGAGAUUGUAAGUAUGUGCUUCAUUAUUUUUUACAAACAUUGUCUUCAGAGGCAUUGCACCCAGAGUCUGGUCACCAGACAUUGUACCUGGAGCUUUUUUUUUUAUUAAAUGAUUUGUUUUACAUGUG